GGUGGUGAUUAAAACUCGUCUUUGAUCAGUGCUCUUCUCACAAGCACUGAUACGUGUUUACUUUUAGUUAAUACCAUUAAUGCAGAUGAUUAUGAGAUUAUUUUAGCGUCAGAUAUUUUUUUUUUUAUACGUUAUCAAAGUUGAACGAAAACUCCCUUUGAUCUUGAGUGGUGACAGCUCUCUACAAGCAGGAACCAGCCUCCGUUGUUUUCCUUCUUUCUGCCCAGCAGACUCUGGAGGAAUGGUAGCCGGUUAGCUGUUCAGGCAGCAGCUUUUGGAUUAACCUGUUAUCUGGCAUUCGGUUGUUCUGUUAAAAUAAUGAAUUUACUACCGUCUAAUCCUCACGGGAAUGGGCUCCUUUAUGCUGGAUUUAACCAGGAUCAUGGAUGCUUUGCCUGUGGAAUGGAGAAUGGAUUCCGUGUCUACAACACAGAUCCUCUUAAGGAGAAGGAGAAACAAGAGUUCCUGGAGGGCGGGGUCGGCCACGUGGAGAUGCUGUUCAGGUGUAACUAUUUAGCCCUCGUGGGAGGAGGAAAGAAACCCAAGUACCCAACCAACAAAGUGAUGAUCUGGGAUGACCUGAAGAAGAAGACCGUUAUUGAGAUUGAGUUCUCAACAGAAGUCAAAGCAGUGAAACUUCGGCGCGACAGGAUUGUGGUGGUCCUGGACUCAAUGAUCAAAGUCUUCACCUUUACCCACAACCCCCAUCAGCUGCAUGUGUUUGAGACCUGCUACAACCCCAAAGGUCUGUGUGUGCUGUGUCCCAACAGCAACAACUCUCUGUUGGCGUUCCCCGGGACCCACUCGGGCCACGUGCAGAUAGUGGACCUGGCCAACACAGAGAAGCCCCCUGUUGAUAUUCCUGCCCAUGAGGGGGCGCUAUGCUGCAUCGCUCUAAACCUGCAGGGCACGAGAAUAGCUACUGCAUCAGAGAAAGGGACUCUCAUUAGAAUUUUCGACACAUCUGCAGGUCAGCUCAUACAGGAGCUAAGACGAGGCUCUCAGACGGCGAACAUUUACUGCAUUAAUUUCAACCAGGAUGCUUCCCUCAUCUGCGUGUCCAGUGACCACGGCACAGUGCACAUCUUUGCUGCAGAGGACCCCAAAAGGAACAAACAGUCGAGUUUGGCUUCAGCCAGCUUUCUCCCCAAAUACUUCAGCUCCAAGUGGAGCUUCUCCAAGUUCCAGGUCCCCUCAGGCUCUCCCUGUGUGUGUGCCUUUGGAACCGAGCCCAAUGCUGUCAUAGCCAUUUGUGCUGACGGCAGCUACUACAAGUUCCUGUUCAACCAGAAAGGGGAGUGUUCCAGAGAUGUGUACGCCCAGUUCCUGGAGAUGACCGAUGAGAAAAUAUGACCUUUGACCCCUCCGGAGACUCGCUAUUACACAGCCUGUUUUUUUUUUUUCUCCCCUUCUUCUCCCUUUUUUUUUUUUUUUUAACGUUGGAGGAGGCAGGAGAGGUCCCUUGUUUCUGCUUAUCUUGACAGACUCUGUGAAAGAGCAUCAGAUGAAGGGAGGACAAAGGAAGAGAAACACAGACUCGGGGAAACCCUCGCAGCAAUGACGAACGCGUGGAAGCACAGACAGAGACGCAGACUUUUGUCUCUCACAGACUCCUGGGGAUUGUCUCUGGACAGAGGGGACACGGGUGCCCACUUGACUCCCAAAGCAAACACUAGAGAAAAGAGGGAAAGUUAUUUUUUUGAAUGGACAACAAUGCCGCUUUUUAAGACGUCUUCCGAGGAAUUUACAAAGGAUGGCUAUUUUUAAUCAGAAAGAUGAUUCUGAUAGUUAGACGGAAUGAAAAUAUUGAGAUUUUUGUCAACUAACACCACCUAACCUAACUAUAGGGAGUGCCUCGAGACAGGAGAGAAUCUGUAUGUGUGCACUGUUGUCAUAUAUACAUAUGUGUGUUUGUGUAUAUACCAAUGUACCAUAUUAGGUGUUUACAGAGCAGGAUCAGAAAGGUUUUUCCCCCUUCUGUCUUUGAGCUUCAUCGUACCACGUGGAACUGACUGAUCCUGCAUUGUAAAGCGUCACCUUAGUAUUACUAGAUUUUCUUAUAUUCACUGUAUAAACACAACGCGCCAGACUGAACUUGUAACUACAUAAAACUGUACAGAAUAGUAGCAGCAGAAGAAUUGAACACUUUUUUUCCUUUUUCUCACAUUGUGCAAUAUGUUUCCCCUAAUUGUUUUUUGUUAAGCACUUAUGAAAGUUGAGUUUGUUUCCACGUGACCAAGAAAGCUUAAAGAAAUAGUUUUUUGGGAAAUACGGUUAUUUGCUGUCUUGCUGAGAGUUAGAGGAGAACAUUAAGACCACUCUCAUGCCUGUAUGCUACAUAUGAGGUUACAGCUAGCAGCCGGUUAGCUUAGCUUGGCAUUAACAGCUAGCCUGGCUCUCUCCAAUGGCAACAAAGUCUAGCUGUGAAAUGAAAGGCGCUGUAAGCUAUAUUUUUUGUGUUACAUAGCCUCCAGGGCCGGCAGCAGGAUUUCAGUGUGGUGAUGAGGGGAGCGCUAACUGCAACAACGGACAGGAAAUGAGCCAAAAUGCAGAUUUCACUUACAGCACUUACAUGCUAGUUCUUGUUGCAGUCUGUACCGAACCAAACAGAAGUGUACGCGCACGGGGGGUACUUUGUCGACUAUUUUAGUUUCUACACUUUGAGUUUUGUAUGGAUUAAACAAAUAAGAUAUAACGCGUUCAUUUGGAAGCGCCAGGCUAACUUUUUCCCCAUGUUUCCAAUCUUUAUCCUAAGCUAAGCUAACCAGGUGCUAGCUUCAGCUUUAUAUUUACCCUGCUGACCCUGCAGUGGUAGCGAUUUUCAACCUUCUUAGCUCACAGCAAGAAAGUGUAUUUCCCAAAAUGUUAAACUGUUUCUGUAAGUUUAUUAAAGUUGGGUUUGUUGUUCCUACCUGAACAAGAAAUCUUAAGAACCAAACACACACACACACACACACACACACACACACACACACACACACACACACACACACACACACACACACACACACACACACACACACACACACACACGUACACACACACACACACACACACACACACACACACACACGUUUCCAUCUUAAAUCACAAAAAUCUUACAGAUCUUAAAAAUCUUUUGGAUGAGAUUGUUUGUUUCUACUCCGCAGUCCACAUCAACUGUAAAAAUAUUUGAAUAUUGAAAUAAUUGGAAUUAUUUUGAAAACGGUUGAAGACUGCGCUUUAUGUUGAGUGUUAAUUGGUUAUUAGCCCAGUACAGUUGAAUGAGAAAUCUUCUGAAGGUUGAUUGGUUCAGUGGUGUGCUACUUUGUGUUUAAAUCCUGACAACACUCGUAAUUUUGAGUGUCAUUUAUGUCUUGUGUUGGUAUAUCUCCGUAAACCGCUUCACCGUGGCCCCUAACAGCGUUGAUAAGUUCAGCUAAUGCAAAUCAGGGACUCUGAAGUGCUUUGUAGAAGCCCGCGGCCAUAAACAGGAAGAUCUGUUCAGUGUGGAUCCACCACAUAGGGAUAAGUAGAACUGUGUUAAUGUAAAAUUCAAUCUUACCGUUUUGUUCAUAUGUCAUGUUAAUUGACAGCAUUUUUUUGUUGAUUCAGUGCAAAAACACAUUUCAUUUGUGUUGCUUUCUGCAUCGGAUUGUACAACUGCAGGUGUCACUCUGUUGAACGUACACCGCACUCGGCGGUCACCGACCACAGUAGGGACGCUGCACAAACUGAAAAGCCAACUUGUUUCUGACACACUCAGAAUGAUUGUAAAAACCUGCAUUAAAAUUUGUGAAUAAAAUGUAACAUCUGCUUUUACAGUUAAACUUUA